UCAAAUAAUAGAAUUACAACACUAGAUUUAAGUUUUAACUCAAUUACUGGUACCAUAGAUGAAUCAUAUUGCUCCGUAUUAUUAAUGAUAAAUAAUAAUAAAAUGACAGGUAAAAUUCCAGAAUGUUUUACAUGCCACUUUAAUGAUGCUUACAUGAAAGGUUAUUUUAUUGGAAAUCAAUUUGAUAAUUUAGAUUCGAUUGGAACAUGUAGUAAGUUUAUAAAGAUUAUAAUUAUUGUAACAAAACCAGCACUUUCAAUUAUAGGUCAAAACAUAGGGUAUGAUGUUUCUGAUAUAUAUUCAAACCCCCAAAUUUCUUUUGAACUUUUAAUUGAAGGAAAUUCAAAUAUUAUUGCAUUUAACUACAAACUAAAUAGAAUUAUUCACAAUAUAAAAUUCAAAAGUACUGAUCAAGAAUUUACAUUAACUCCAGAUCCAUACCCCCCAUUAUUAUCAAAUAUAACAUCAAAUAAUCAGAUUUUAUUAUUCAAAGGUUUAUAUUAUUCAUACGAUAUCGCUGAAAUAACAAUUACAAUUGGUGGUAAAUCUUGUGAUGUAACCGAUUCAACAUUUUAUCAAAUUACAUGUACUUUAACAACAUAUCCAAAUCAACUGAAUAAUGUACUAGGUAUAAUCAGAGUAGAUCAAUUACAAACAAAAUUCAAUCUAAAUUUAGAUAAACGUGAUGGUAACGAAGUAUUCAACAAUUAUACAUCAUGUUUAGAUAAUUGUGAAUCAUAUAGCGGUAAUAAAUGCAACUAUAAUACUGGUAUUUGUGAAUGCCCACAGUGUUUUAGUCCAAAUCACUAUGUGUCAUCAAUUUCACCAACAUACGAAGAUGGCGGAUUGGUAAUAAUGAAUGGAUGGUUUGGAGAUAUAAAUCAAGAUUUAAAUAUAACAAUAGGUAAUCAAGAAUGCAAAAUAGAAACCAUAUCACCAAACACAAUUACAUGCAACAUUGGGGCAGGUACAGGUAAAAAAGAUGUAACAGUAUUUCAAAAUGGAAUCACAUGGAAAUCAUUCAACUUUUUUAUUUACCAAUUAAAACAACAAAUAUGUUUAAACAAAUGUACUGAUACAAGUCAUGGUAUUUGCGAUACAUCAAAUGGUAUUUGUGAAUGUAAAUCAGGAUGGAUUGGAUUCGAUUGUAGUUCACCUUCAAAUUAUAAUAAUGAUGGCAAUACCAACAGUACAGUUCAUCCAGACGGUUCAACAACAAUUAUUAACCAUCAAACAAUAUACAAUAUAUUAAUCACAUCAUUAUUAGAGUUAGAUAUUAACAGUGACACAGUUAAACAAUAUCCACUUCAAAACAAUUGGAACAUAACUUCAAAAGAUAAAAACGGAAAAAAUGUAAUAUUCACACAAAUAUUAAACGAAACUGAAUGUCAAAUCAUAUUAUCGAUCCAAGAAAUUGAAAAUGAUAUUCAAUAUUCAUUCGCAGGUUUAGAUUUCAAAUUGGAUAAAGGUUCAAUUAAAGUAUCAGUAUCAAUUCACAACUACAACUAUCAAAGUCCACUCAAUACAUUACAAUUACAUAUGAUAUCAAAUAUAUCAGAUACUACAUCGAACGACUGUAACAGUAAACCAGCAUCAACAUCAACAUCAAUAUUUGAUAAUCAAGUAUUAAACUAUAUCUUGAUCAAUAAAGACAACAAGAUUCUAUAUGGUAGAUUUAUAAACAGAGCAAUAUCAGAUGGACAUACAACAUUAAUCACCACAUCAUUAAUAUCAAGUCAAAAUGAAUCAGUAACCAUUGGUAUUAACAUUCCACAUUGCGAAACAUCAUGCUAUAUCGAUCCAGACUUUUCAGUAUUGAUUAAUUCCAAUUUUAAAACAAACUGUGACAAAUCCAAAAACCAUACUACUCUGAUUGCAAUUCUUGUAAGCUGUAUCGGUGUAGCUACUAUUAUCAUCUUAGCAGGUGCUUUUUAUAAAAAAAGUACCAAAUCUAAAGUUAUAGUUUUUAAACUUAAAAAAAAAAUUAAAAUGGCUAAAUAA